UGUCCGAUGUGGAGUCCUGAGCGAGUUCUCUUCCUUGACUCCUCAACUUCCAUCCGGCCCCUAACCUUUCUGAAGAAGACAAGGGAGAAAAGGAUAAAGAGCUCGUGUGCGCAGCCGCAGAAGGCAAGGGGGGGGGGGGCCUGGAGAGGUUGCAGAUUGCGAUGUCUAGAAUAACAACUUGUGACCAGACUUGCACAGAGAAAGUGGAAAUGCUGCCUUCUCUAAACUACUCUGGGGCGGGAGGUGUGAAGGGAUCGCUCUGAUUGGCCAAUAGUUAGGGAGAGGAAUUGGAUUACCUCUGGAAUCACCUGGGAUGUUUUGGAUAGCAACUAUGUGAGGGAAAGAGAAAGCUGACCACCCAGCCUUCUGGGCCCUCCCCCCAUGGCCAAUGGAAAGCCUGGUGACCCCAAGUCAGCCCCAAACUGGAAUCCACCCACAUGUCCACCAUCAGUAGAAUGGAUAAAUAAGUUGUUGUGUGUGCAUGCAAUGGGAUACUACACUGCAAUGAAAAUGAACGAACUCCUGCUACAGGCAACUUGGAUGAAUCUCACAAACACGAUGUUGAGCGAAAGGAGCCAGACAGAAAAGAAUGCAGACUCUCUUCACAGAGGUCCUCCAGGCUCAAGGGGACCAAUGAUUCCACCACUGCUGAGUCUCCCACCUCCUCCCCGGGGCAGAGGCCCAAUUCGGGGGGGCGUAGGCCCCAGAUGUGGCCCAUAUGGUCGUGGUUGGUGGGGGGCCAAUACUGAACCUCCUUUUCCUGGACCAGGCCAUGGGGGUCCUUCCAGGGGAGGCUUUCACAAAGAGCAGAGAAAUCCUCGAAGGCUCAAAAGUUGGUCUCUUAUCAAAAAUGCCUGCCCACCCAAGGAUGGCCCCCAAGUUAUGGAAGACAAAUCCAACCGCCCUGUCUGCCGACACUUUGCCAAAAAGGGCCACUGUCGAUAUGAGGACCUCUGUGCCUUCUACCACCCAGGCGUCAAUGGACCUCCUCUGUGAGACUGUGCCUUCCCAUCCAGGCUGGAAGGAGCCCUCUGUGACCUAGCGGCCAUAUAUUUCCCUGUGGCCCUGUGAUGGCUACUGUGAGGCUGUUCCACCCACCACCCUCAGUCAGUGACACCCACCCCCAUCUGUCACCUUCCCGUUUGGGGUUCAGAGUUGUGUUUCAUCACUGGUGCCCAGUGUGUGAUCCAGCCUCCAGAGACUCGCCUUCAGGACCCCAUCUUUGCUCCCUUCAACUGCCUCCUGGAUCCUCUUCCCCCUCACCAACUGACUGCUGAACAGGAAACCUCUUUGGUGCUGUUUCUUGUGCAUCUGCCCACCCAGCCCCCAGUACUGCCCUCGAUUCCUGAGAGCUCUGGAGCAAUUUCCUACCAUUCCCAUCUAGCUGCUUAAGUCCUUUUUAUGUGACAACCCUUACCCCAAAAGUUGCCAGUUGCUCUGUGAAACUCACCAGGUUGACCUGGGGUUGAGUAUGGAUGACUGGUGCAGAGUUACUUCCUGAAAGGCCACUCUCCCUGCUUUUGGAUUUUGUAGUUUCUGCAUCAGUAGCAUGAUCCCCACCGCUCUGGUCUGUGAUCACUGUGCUUUGUGAAACUGUGCAUCCCCUCGUACGUAGCCUCUCUCAGUGUCUGUGGCAUCUUUGUGACUUCCCAACACUAGAGUAAGUUUUUCUGCCAAAACAAGUGAGACUCGGUGCCCUCUAGACUUUCCACGCCUCCCAACGUGGGAGAAUUGUGAACCUUUCUGCAAGACUGCCUCCCUGGUCUCCCUAUCCUGGUGUCGGUUUUUCUGGGUUUGACACAAGCCCAUGAGAUGUCCUCUAAAGCCUCUGAUGGGCAACCCUGUCUCCUCUCCAGCCCACUUUAGUUAGACUAUGUCAUUGUGAGGCCACCAGCCCUUUCGUCUGAAUUCUGUGAAUCUCCACCCGGCCUACCUUUGGGUGGAACCUGGACAGUACUGUCGCCCUCGUCUAACCUUCUUCCCUGCAUCCCUGGCACUGGUUGUUUUCUGUGAAAACGGCAGUGAACAGGCUCAGUUUUGAACUGGCCCUGAGGAAAUGGGUCAGGAGUUGUGUGGGCAAGAGGGAAGGAUGAGAGCCGUUGGAGAAAGAAUGAAUUUUUUUUCUUUUUAACAUUUUUUUAUAUUAGUAAUAAAUGCAGUGGAAACAAGCAUUUUCUUCAA